UAAGUGAUGUUAAACAAGACAACGUGCUUACGUCGUAACCAUAUGAUUGGAUAACGAAUGUCAUAAAUGACAUCAAAAGCCAAAUUGAACAACAGUGCAAUAGAUUUGAGACAUAUUUGAGAAAAAUAAUACUUACAAUUAAAUAGCACGAAGAUGGUCAAGAAGAUUUUGAUGAUCUGUUUAGGUAAUAUUUGCCGUUCUCCCAUUGCCGAGGCGGUAAUGAUUGACACAAUCGAAAAAGCCGGCGCCUCCGCUGAUUGGGAAGUGGAUUCUGCUGCAAUUGGCGAUUGGCAUCGUGGCAGUCCACCUGAUCAUCGAGCAUUGAGCACAAUGAAGAAACAUGAUUUACCCUACAACAAUCGAGCCCGUCAAAUAAAGAAGCAAGAUUUUCAUGAUUUUGACUACAUUUUCGGCAUGGAUGAGGAAAAUAUGGGUGAUUUGCGUUCGCUUGCGCCAGCGAAUUCCAAAGCUAAGUUGCUAAUGUUAGGUGAUUUCGGGCUGGAUAAAAGUGAUCGCAUCAUCGUGGAUCCUUACUAUCAACGAGGCGAUGCUGGUUUCGAAAAAGCUUAUCAGCAAUGCGUUAAAGCGUGUGCGGCGUUUUUCAAACAAGCUGUGGCUGGCAAUACUUGUCGUUCACCAAUGGCGGAAAGCGUCAUGAAGCACUGGGUACAAGAAUACGAUCUCAGCUGGGAAGUGGACAGCGCUGGCCUGAGAACGUGGAAUAUAGGCCGUAAGCCAGAUGAUCGCUGUAUCAAGGUACUGGCAGAGAAUAGCCUUACAACAGAUCAUGUGGGAAGACAGAUUACGAUAAUGGACUUCUACAACAAUGACUAUAUUCUCGCCAUGGAUGAGCAUAAUUUGCAUGAGCUAGAAACCCUUGCAAAGGAUUCGAGCCAACAGCGUUGCGCAAAAGUCGAGUUACUGGGAAAGUAUAUUGACCGUGCUGAAGACCAAAUUAUACGUGAUCCCUAUUUUUGCAAUUCAAUAGGUGGCUUUCGAUGCGCUUUUCUGCAAAUAACCGAAAGCUGCCAAAAUUUCAUAGCGGAACACAUGUAUACUGAUUAGAAACACUUUGGAAAUAUUUAAAAUUGUAAAACGUACCUUAAAUGCAUGCUUAAAUGUACAAUGAAGUAGUCAUUCAUAAAUUUCAUGUAAAAAAUA